AUGUCCCAAAGGAUGGAAGACUUUCCCAAUGAGACUCUGUUGCACGUUUUCUCGUUCCUCCCUCUCAAGUCUCUCAUAAAUGGGCGAACCAUAUCCCAAGAGUGGAGGCGAUUGAUUCCACUUGCCGAUAUCAACCCAACUCGUCAAGCACUCCUUGACUUCUAUCUGACUCUCAUCGACUCACCGAUAUUUCUCCAAACCCGUCCUUGGGUUCUUGCGAACUUGGAACCUUUCAACCGCCAGCAAUACAUUGACGAUCUGAUAGAUCAGCAUCCAUACGUACCAGAAGCUUUUCGGGUCUGGAUUCUAGAAUGGCCCGCGAAGGCAGUCAUUGGUUGCAAUUGGCCAGGUUUGCCCAACGUCCAUGCGGGAAGAGAUAUUGCGGACAAUGUCCACCGAAUUGAAGGAAAUAAUUCGCUGGCACCACUACCUCCCACAAUCUGUGCUCUGCCGUUCAUGAACUACACUGCGGCCGCUCAUUUCAUCCCUGCCCUCUUCAUCUUCCACGGCCAACAAAGUACCGUCUGGCUUAUGCUGGACGAGCGAGAAAGUCUGCGUGAUAAAGUUUAUACUUUGGUCGAGGGCGGUAAUAGUCUCUUCGAUGAAAAGGGCGAUUCGGACUGGGAUAUCAUUGACGAUAAUUGGGUUGAAUACCAAAAAAGGACGUGGGGUAGAAUAGAGUUGUGGGCGAAGUGGAGAGCCGAUAAAAACCUGCCGAUCAUGCGACUGGAAGAUAUGCCGCAAAAUACGAGUUUUGGUGAAAGACCGAUGUUCACGAAGUCAUUCCGCCGUGGUGAACUUCAAGCGCACACUUGGCGGGAGAGGGAUGAGCCUAAUGUUCGACUAGAUCUGUAUUUCGCUGAGAACGAUGUGCAUUUGCCAGAUCUGGGCGAGCGUAUUGAGUACUAG